UCCCCUUCUUCUGGAUGGUAACAAUAAAUAGAUCCUGUUUUGACCGUAAAAGAAGAACUGCACACACCACAAUCAGACUGGGCCUAAUAUGUGCUUUCAGGGAUCUGAGUCUUUAGGAAGGAUGCAGUUGUGUUGUGAACACAUAAAUGGCUCCUGCAUAAAGAGCAGCUGGUCAAUCAGCAUUCGUAUUUCCAUGUAUAUCUUCAUGGUGUGUGUGAUCCUGGCUACCCUAGCUGGCAAUUUGACUGUGAUCAUCUCAAUAUCUCACUUCAAGCAGCUCCACACCCCGACCAAUUUUUUAAUCCUCUCGAUGGCCACAGUGGACCUUCUCCUUGGUUUCCUUGUCAUGCCUUACAGCAUGGUGAGGUCGGUUGAGAACUGCUGGUAUUUCGGAGAAUUCUUCUGCAAAAUCCACACCAGCAUCGAUAUCACUCUGAGUACAGCCUCCAUCUUCCACCUCUCUUUUAUCUCCAUUGACCGCUACUACGCCGUGUGUGACCCGCUGCGAUACAAGGCAAAGAUCAGCACAGGGGUCGUAUUGAUCAUGAUCUUUGUAAGCUGGGUCUUCCCUGCUACAUUUGGCUUUGGGAUGGUCUUUUUGAAGCUAAACAUGAUUGGAGCAGAAGAGACCUUCUAUAAGCUCAUCUAUUGCGUGGGAGGCUGCUUUGUCUUCUUCAAUGAAACGUCAGGGGUGGUGGCCUCCGUGGUUUCUUUUUACAUCCCUGGAUUUGUCAUGCUGUGUGUCUAUGGGAAAAUAUACACUAUAGCCAAAAGGCAAGCCAGGUCCAUUAAGGCUGCUGCAAACCAAAUACAGAUCAGAUUUGAGCAUCACAUUUCACACAGCAGAGAACGGAAAGCAGCCAAGACUUUAGGCACUGUGGUCGGUGUCUUCCUCAUCUGCUGGUUCCCAUUCUUUUUCUGCACGGCAACAGACCCCUUUAUGAAUUAUGCAAUACCUCCCAUUCUCAUUGAUGCCCUGGUUUGGUUUGGUUACUUGAACUCCACCUUCAACCCAAUUGUUUAUGCGUAUUUUUACCUGUGGUUUCGAAGGGCCUUGAAGAUGAUUGUACUGGGGAAGGUUUUUCAGCAGGAUUCAUCCAGGACUCGCCUCUUUAUGGAGUAAAGCACGUUGGGCUUUGAGAGUAUUUUCUUCAGUAUUUUACCAGGCACUGUCCAUUUCGAAGCAGAAGGUCAAAGUGAAAAAGCAUGUGUGAUGCUUCAGUGCAGUUGCUCUGGCAGCCCC